AUGGCUGCCGACGACAAGGCGUCCGCGACCGCAGCCGUGAGCGGCGGAUCGGAAGAGAAGACGUCCGCCGAGCCGAAGGUGGCGGGCGCGUCGCCAGCUCGGGAUUCAACCCCAGCGCCGAAAGACAAGAAGAAGUCGCCGCAAGAGGUCAGCCAACCUGAAGGCACCAGCACAAGCACAAUCCUCAUUGUCGUCACUAUCAUCGUAGCUAUCAUCGGAGCGGUCGGCGGCGUUUACUACUGGUGGAAUCUUCCGAAGGAGGGCGAGCUCACCAAGAGUACCUGGGAUGACGCAACCUCAGGUAAAACGGUUUUUGUAAAGUUCUUGGCACCUUGGUGA